GCUCGCUGUCAGUCAGAGUGCCGGGCUCGCUGAGGGAUGCGGGGCCCCCGGCCAUGGUGUACGCCGUGUUGCUGUCCGCGUUGGCGGGCUGCCUGCUCACGGUGCUCGUGCAGUGUUUGGUGGUGUACCGAUGGCGGCGGUCGGAGCGGCCCCUCCGCCGAGCUCCCCCCGCUCCCCCUCCUCCCCCGGGGCGGGCUGUGCGGCCGGACGGCUCCCUGCGGGAUUACCUGCGGGCUGCGGCCGGGAGCGGGGCCGGGGCUGGCGGUGGGGGUCCCCCGGGUGCGGCCCCCCCGGAGAGCUGCCAUUUCCUGAACGCCAUCUUCCUGUUUCUGUUCCGGGAGCUCCGGGACUCGGCGCUGCUCCGCCGCUGGCUGGCUAAGAAGAUCCGGGUGGAGUUCGAGGAGCUGCUGCGGAGCCGCACGGCCGGCCGCCUGCUGGAGGGACUGAGCCUGCGGGAUAUCAGCCUGGGGGACUCGCUGCCCGUGUUCCGCUCCGUGCGGCCGCUGCCCGGGGGGGGAGGGGGAGCGGGGGGUACCGAGCAGCCAGCACCGCCGCACCCCCCCGAGCAGCACCCCCCGCCAGGCUCCGAGCCCCCUCCCCCACCCCCCGGCCCGGGCCCCGGCAUUCUCCCCGAGGAGCUGAGCUUCGAGCUGGAGCUGGAGUACAAUGGCGGCUUCCAUCUGGCCAUCGAUGUGGACCUGGUGUUCGGAAAGUCGGCCUAUCUCUUCGUCAAACUGUCCCGGGUGCUCGGCCGCCUCCGCCUGCACUUCAGCCGCCUGCCCUUCAGCCACUGGGCCUUCUGCUUCCUGGACGAACCGCUCAUCGACUUCGAGGUACAGUCCGAGUUCGAGGGCCGGCCCAUGCCGCAGCUCACCUCCAUCAUCGUCAACCAGCUGAAAAAGGUGAUCAAGAGGAAGCACACCCUGCCGCACUACAAGAUCAGGUACGACUAUAACCACUGCGGGGGAGGGGGGGACUAUAACCACUGCGGGGGGACUAUAACCACUACGGGAGGGGGGGACUAUAACCACUGCCACCAUCACCCUGCCGCACUACAAGAUCAGGUACGACUAUAACCACUGCGGGGGAGGGGGGGACUAUAACCACUGCGGGGGGACUAUAACCACUACGGGAGGGGGGGACUAUAACCACUGCCACCAUCACCCUGCCGCACUACAAGAUCAGGUACGACUAUAACCACUGCGGGAGGGGGACUAUAACCACUGCGGGGGGACUAUAACCACUACGGGAGGGGGGGACUAUAACCACUGCCACCAUCACCCUGCCGCACUAUAAGAUCAGGUACGACUAUAACCACUGCGGGAGGGGGGACUAUAACCACUGCGGGGGGACUAUAACCACUGCGGGAGGGGGGGACUAUAACCACUGCCACCAUCAGGUACGACUAUAACCACUGCGGGGGGACUAUAACCACUGUGGGGACUAUAACCCCUGCCGCACUACAAGAUCAGGUACCUCUAUAACCACUGCGGGAGAGGGGGACUAUAACCACUGCCACCAUCUCCCUGCCGCACUACAAGAUCAGGUACUACUAUAA